UUUUCAUAUUGUCCAAUAUUGCAAAGAAUUAAAAAUGUUUUCGAAAUUUGAUUCGGUAUUUGAUAACAAAUAAUUCGCUACUCAGUACUCGAUGACUGUCUUACUCUAUGAGACAGUCACACCUCACACAGCGCGGUCCAUCCGAAAACUGAUAAUAAUUUUGUAACCAUGUAAAAAACUAAAAACACUAAAAAGUAGAAUGUAAUAUUAUAUUGUCAUUUAUGUUUCUAAAUUUUGUUUCAUUAACUUAAUUACCAACCAAUUAUCCUUAAUAGCAUGAUAGGUGUUAAAAUCAAAUAAAUCUGUAACAUAAUAUAUACCCAUAAUUUAAAAAAAAUGGUACCUAUUAAAUAUUUGUGCAUAGGAUAUAAUAAGUUACAAUUAUUAAUUAAUAUAAUACCUGAUUAAUAAAAAUCGGUUAUAUUGAUUUUCUUCUUAUUGCUUCUUAUUCAAUAAUAAUCAGCUUACACCUUAUUACCUACGUGCCAAAAUAUUGGAUAACAAGGAGUGAAAAACUCUUAGUUGGCAAUGACUAUUAUGUAUACUGAUCUUAAAGUAUCACUAGUUAAAUUGGAAACAUUACAUAGAAAAAAAAUGAUUUAUUUAAAUUUAAAAUUAAUUUGUGCAUUUUUAUACCUAUAUAAAGGGUGUUUUGAAUAUUGGAUAAAUUGAUAGCACAUUUUCAGGAAAAAUGGCAUUAAAUGUUGACUCUAAUGUACUUAGUUCAUUUGAGAAUAUAUCAUCAAAAGUUCCAUUUUGUAACAUUGACUUUAACUUACCUAAAAGUCCAUGGGAUAUAGAUGAUGAUUUUGAAGGCUUUGAUACGGUAUUGUGUGAAUUAGUUAGAAACCAAUACUUGAAACGACUCCAUGAAACAUUGCUCAAUAAUUUAGAUGUUACUAGUAGCUACAAAAAAAAACCACUUAAUCAGAUUCAACAUUGUAUUAAUUUAUGUAUGGCUGAAUUGGAAAAGCAAGCUUUAAGACGAUGUAUGAUUGCUAGAAUUUAUCGCAAAGGCAUGACUAAUUUGAUUAAUGAAGUCAAGACUUGUACAAAAAAUUCAAUGAUAUAUGAUUUACUUAAACAAAUUAUUGAGUCAAACAAUCAAAUACCAACAUGUAAUGAAUAUUUCAAAGCUGAAAAUAUAACAAACAAAUCAAUGGGUAUCGAUGUAAGUGUUAAUACUGAAGAAAAAUUCAAUAAAACAACAUCAACACAGACUGAAAAAUGGACUGAUCCUGACAAUAAUUUAAAUAAUAAUUUUCCUGUUAAUAAAUUUAGUACAGAUCUGGUAAAUAAACCUAAUUUAUCUCAUAGUUCCUUUAAUGUAACAUCUGAGAUCUCUGAAUCAAAUAUCAUUAAUAACUUAAAAUCAUCCUGUUCUUCAAAUUCUCUUUCUGAUGCUCAUAUGGAAGUACAAUAUAUCUAUGAAUCUUCUGAGUUUGAAAAUUUACAAAGGGAAGAUGAACAAGAAAAUUCCACAAGAAAUGAAAUAUUAAGUACUAUAGCAUUAUUAAGAGAUCUUCAAGAUUCUCCUGAAUCUGAAUAUAAACAAGAGUAUUCAGAUUUUCCUGAACCUGAUUUAAAAUCAAAAUCUGAUUCAGAUUCUUCUAAAUCUGAUUCAAAAUCAGAAUCCGAUUCAAAUUCUUCUAAAUCUGAUUCAAACUCAGAAUCUGAUUCAGAUUCUUCUAAAUCUGAUUCAAAAUCAGAAUCCGAUUCAAAUUCUUCUAAAUCUGAUUCAAACUCAGAAUCUGAUUCAGAUUCUUCUAAAUCUGAUUCAAAAUCAGAAUCCGAUUCAAAUUCUUCUAAAUCUGAUUCAAACUCAGAAUCUGAUUCAGAUUCUUCUAAAUCUGAUUCAAAUUCUUCUAAAUCUGAAUAUGAACAAGAGUAUUCAAAAUUAGAAGAACAUUUAAUUGAAAAUAAUAAAUCCUCAAAGAAUUCAACCGAAUUAACUAAACCAAUUAAUAUAGAUCCUUGUAUUGUACGAUCUGACAAAAUAAGUGAAAUUCUUUCAAACAAACUUAAAAGUAAACGAGUAGCCAAAUCAUAUCAAUUACGAAAAAGUAUGAAUAAAUUGCCCCAAAGGCUACAAAUAAGACUGAAUCAGAAAUUUAAAGACUUGUUUGGAACUAGUCAUUCUUAUGAAUUUGAUCCGUUGUCUGAAGAAGAAGAACGUAUUAUAGUACAUAAAAGAAUUGCAAAAAUGGUUGUCGAAUUUAUGACACCUUAUUACACAGCACGUCGUAUUGACAACAAAAAUUUGUUCAAAAGACUUGCUAGAUUAAUAUCUAAGAAUCUUAUGGAUCGAACAUAUGAUCAAGAUGAAAGAACAGUAGCCUAUGAAGUUGGUAAAUAUUUUACUGGAAAUAGAUGCAUUAAGACAGCUAAAGAUUUCUGUAUCGAAUAUUGAAUACCUAUCGCUUCAAUACAUCAUAAUUAACCAAUUUAAUGCAACGGUUAUUUUAUUACACAAAUUACACAUUUAUAAUUUUUAAUAACUUGUGUGUUGUUUUUUUACUUAAUAUAUACAUUUAUGUUUUGUGUAAUUAAACUGUAAAUUAUUGAUUUUUUUGGAAAUCUACUUAGUUUCGUCUCUAAGUGGCUAUAACAAACUUUAAAUUAGGCCACAAUAAACCUCUGUUGUACAUUAGUCAAAUGUAACUAGAGUUAAAAAAAAUCUUAUGGAUAAUUCAUAAUAUUAGUAAUAUCAGUGUCAUUGUGCACAUUUGAAAGAUAUAGUAGAUAGGUACUUACUUAUUACUUUUACAGUUAUAAAAUGUUAUUACAAAACAUUACAAUCAUUACAUAUUUCCGUAGAUGAUAUUCAUUGUACAAGUAGAGGGUAAUUUUUUUAUCGAACAACAUUUAUUUCAA